AUGACUCAAUAUCCUGUUCAAAAUGAAAAUUUUGAUCCAAUGAACUCAUACGAUGUUUACCAUCAAAUAAGUAAGCGCAUCGCUACACUUGGCCAAAUCAAUGAGGUUAUGAUAUUUGACGUUUCACCUUGGAUGUCAUCUAUGGUUUUUAUCAGGAUUACGUUAACGACCAGAAAAUUAUUCCGAGUUUGA